GACGAUGUGUUGACUUAACUUCAUUUAUCAGAUACGCAUCACCACAUACAUCCCUUCGGCCAAUUUGUUCUAUUCGCGGUUCAGGUUGCCGGAUUGUCGCUUGCCGAUAAAAGCUCUCUGUCUUCCGAUCGAACGUUGCAAAGUGGCAUCUGGACCUGCCUCGACUCCGAUAUAAUGCGCCAUGCGAUUCACCUCGUAAUCCUCCCCGGUUAGGAUAAAAUGGCACCUAUUGCAGAAGCAAACACUCAAUAUAGUGCCAAAGAAGAGCCGAUUUUCUCCCAAGAGGCCACCGCUACAUCUAGAGCCGCUCUAGGUGACCUCGGUUCCGGUCCUAACGACACCCUUCUAGCAACAAACGGAAAUGGCUCGGCCAAGGAAGUCCAGGACACAGAAAUGCAGCGCGAGUGGGACCAAGUGGCUUCAAAUGAAAAGCAGGAACGGAUACGACAGUCUUCUUCACAUGGUCUCGGCAUACAACUGGAGGGAUUAAAUGGGAACGGCGAAGAUUCGAAUGGUCCCACCAGUGUCGGUAAUGCUCAUAGAGCGUCCUCUCCUCAAAAUGCCAAGCAAGAUAAGGAAAAGGUUUUGAAAUUGUCACCAAUUCAGAUCCAGGAGCUCAUUUCAUCUCCGGACUCAAUACCCGUAGAGAAAGUACCGGAUAACCAUGAUAGGGAGAAUGAAUCUGCUGCUACAGCGAAGCCGUUGUCCUCGUUUGAUGAUAAUUUGGCCAAGGCGAGGAAUAGAGCCGAGUUCUUGAGGUCCAUCAGUGGUAGCUUCUAUCAGAAAAAGAGCACAAAGGGAUCGCAUCAUCUGGAAGACCCUCCCAGCUUUCUCAUUUCGAGUGAUGAUGCACCUAUGAGCGCUCCUAUCAGUCAGCAACCACACGCUUCGCGAAUAAUGACUAGCCCUACGGCUUUUCCGAGACAGAACUCAGUGAGCGAUCAACAGCGGUUAAACUCCAAUUCGGCUUUACGUUCAAGACAUAAGGGCGCCCCUGAUCACCUUGAUCUCCCAGAACACAAGACGCUUACACAGGAUCCUAACCCUUCUCCCAUGCCACGGUCUAUACCAUUACCCCCGUUGUCUAUCCCGGCAUAUCUGGAACUAGAGUUAUCCUCGUCAAGGCCGUCACCGCUUUACAUCCACCGCUCGGUGGCAAGUCAAUCCCCAUAUGAAUCGUCAGCAGUAAAGAUGGAGCGGCUUUUGAAUUUUAUUCUCCUUCCACCUGCUUUGGAACAAGUCUUAUGGUUCGGCGCGCUAGCCUGCCUUGAUUCGUGGCUGUACUCGUUUACAAUAUUACCACUUCGAUUCGCCAAGGCGCUCUACAUACUUGUAUCCUUCUGGGUGGUUAACAUUUCUCGUGAGGCUCAGUUCGUGUUUACAUUCAUCAUCAAUGGUGUCGGCCGAGUAUGGCGCAGACGGUUGAAGGCGUCGAAGAAGAUGCCUCCUGACUUCGCACACAAUACCCAGAGCGGUGCAGCCGGGACCAACGGCUCUAUCGCAAAUGGGAAUAGAGAUGCAAGGCUAAAGUCUCAGCAGAGUAACACUAGAAGACGAAAGACGUCAGCGCAGCCGAAUCAUCGAAGACAAAAGUCAAUGCCGUCAACAUUAGAGUCAGAUGACAAAGCGGAUAUACUGAAAGGGUCACUGAUUAUCUGCACUUGUAUUGUCCUGAGUUAUUUUGAUGCCAGUCGAAUGUAUCACUGGAUACGAGGGCAAAACGCUAUCAAACUUUACGUUAUUUAUAAUGUACUGGAGGUCGGUGACCGUUUGCUUUCUGCUAUCGGACAAGACGUGUUGGAGUGUCUGUUCUCUCAGGAAGCUUUAGAUAGAGGGAAAGAUGGGCGUAGCAAAGUUGUGCGCCCAUUCUGGCUCUUCUGGCUUGCUCUUGCAUAUACGACUGUACACGCAACAGCCCUGUUUUACCAAGUGGUAACACUCAACGUUGCCGUUAAUUCGUACUCAAAUGCACUCAUCACGCUUCUGUUAUCCAAUCAAUUCGUGGAGAUCAAGUCGACGGUGUUCAAGAAAUUUGAAAAGGAGAACCUUUUCCAGUUGACAUGUGCGGAUGUUGUUGAGAGGUUUCAGCUUUGGCUGAUGCUUACUAUUAUUGCAUCCCGAAAUAUCGUGGAGACUGGGGCAUUUACUUCUUGGUUUACUGUUGGACAGGGCGUGAGUGAUCAAAUUCGCUCAUCUGUUACAAAUAGCACUCCUCUUACUACCUCUCCGCGUUCGUCCACUUCAAUACUUCCGCAAUCAUUCACCUUUUUACCGUCGACAUUCUUUACGUCCCUGACAGGAGGCGCAAAUACACUUUUACCCCAACUCGCUCAGGUUUUAGGCCCGUUCUUGAUCGUUCUAGGAUCUGAAAUGUUCGUGGACUGGCUCAAACACGCAUAUAUUGCGAAAUUCAACAAUACGCGACCAGCAAUUUAUGGGCGAUUCCUUGACGUUCUAGCGAAAGAUUACUACACCAACGCAUUCAUAGACCAGAAUCUAACUAAGCGACUCGGUCUGGCCGUUAUUCCAAUGGCUUGUCUAUUCUUCCGAGUCUCUGUUCAAACAUAUCAAAUGUUCUUGCAGGCGCUGCUCCCGAUGCAAGCGUCUUCUACCGAGCACAGUGCUUCAUUGACAGCAAUGCAUGAGCAUUACUCUAAUUUACCGCAACCUUCAUCACCCACUCUACCUCUUACUGUUCAGUCAGUCAUGUCGAACUCAUUUGAUCGUUUGUCAUGGUUGUUCAAUACCAUAGUGGAAAACGCUAUUCCAUCGCCCAUACAGUCCGUCACAUUUUUCACUAUCGUCCUUGUGCUCACUGGUUACCUGAUCCUUCUCAUAUUCAAGCUUACAUUGGGUAUACUCCUUCUGACGUUUUCGCGCUCACGUUACAAAGCAAUGAAGGAACGCGAACAGGAACUCUACUUUGAUGCUCAGAAUGAUUCGAAGGGCACGUCUCCAUCUGUCUUUCACGACCAACAACAGCACCGUAAGCCUUCCAAUACUUCUGCUGCCAACAUGAACCGAGACUACGUCGUUGAUGGAGGUCGUCGGGUCGGUGGCUGGGGUGUUGUCGAGGUAGACGACGACAAGAGACGCUGGAUCUAUGCCGAUGACCCAAAUGCUUUGCGGAAAAUCAGAGAAAAGGAGCGCGCUGAAAAGGAUAAGCAUUCUGCUAAGGACAGUGGAGCGUUGCUGAAUCUUGAUAAAGUGCAACGAUACGAGAUGGUGGCCAAGCGAAUUUGGUAGGACCCUCUGUUUAUGUAUAGCAUAAGUUCGUACUGCAUCUUGAGGCGUUCGAAUAAUCCUCCCUGCUUGAUAGAUUAUAAUCUGUAAUUAUGGGAACACAAUCACCAUAUGUUUCAUU